CAGCUGGCAGAAUAGAAAAGAGAGCUUUAACACUUGCUCAAUAUCGAGCUAGAGAACUUGCUUCACAUAAUAACUACAGGAGCAUACACGGUGCAAACCCUCUUUUUCUUGACGCUGUCCUUAAUGAGGAAGCCCAAGCAUAUGCAGAGUAUUUACUCAAUAAAGGGUUUAUGGCACAUUGUACCCCUGCCAAAAGGAAUCAAAAUAUACCUGGAAUUGGAUGCGAUUCUUCAACUACUCCAGCCGGAGAAAACCUAGCCUGGACUUCUGCCCAAACUGAUAGCUAUGAUGCCACAGCUGCUUGGUACAAUGAGGUGAAAGAUUAUGACUUUUGCAACCAUGGGUUUGGUUAUAACACUGGACAUUUUACUCAGGUUGUUUGGCGUGCAACUACAAACAUUGGAAUCGGACUUGCAAGUGACAGUCAAAACGGAACAAAUGUUGUUGCACGGUACGUUUCACCUGGGAACUACAUUGGAGAGUUUGCGAAUGAAGUCGGCCCAGCCCCUGACAGUUUGAACAGGCCUGAAUGUUUACGAAGACGAAGACGACGGCAAAGACAACGACGACUGCAGCGACAGUAACCACGGAAGUUAACCUCCCCGGUGGAUCAAAAUAACAAAUUGCAAAUUAUAUAUUAUGUUUAGAUUAUAAGACUCUUAAAAUAC